AUGAUAAUGGCGGACUACAACACCUACAAGCUCGGCGACUUCAAGCUGAAGUCCGGCGGCCUCAUCCCGGACGCCUUCAUCGCCUACAAGACUUUCGGCGAUUCCAGCCUGCCUGCUGUUAUCUAUCCUACAUGGUAUUCUGGAUUGAUCUCCGACAACGAGUGGCUCAUCGGUGAGGAUAAGACAUUGAACCCACAGAAGUAUUUCAUCGUCAUCACGGCGCUGUUCGGAAAUGGCCAGUCCUCGUCCCCGUCAAACACGCCCGGCCUGAAGCCAUUCCCUGACGUCUUGUUCUACGAUAACGUACGGGCUCAGUACGAGUUGGUGACGAAGCACCUGGGCAUCAAACAUGCUAAAGCUGUGCUUGGCUGGUCCAUGGGCGCGGGUCAAACCUACCAAUGGGCUACCCAGUACCCCGACUUCAUGGAUCUGAUCGUUCCCUUCUGCGGAGCCGCGAAGACUUCCCUGCACAACCAAGUCUUCCUUGAAGGAGUCAAGUCGGCCCUCCUUGCCGCAAAGGGCGUGCCGUCGGCUGGCUCGGCGAAUGGCGAAGCCCUCGCAAAGGUAAGCGAUUACCGGACCUGGACGGCCGAGGAGAAGAGUGUCGGUCUCAAGGCGUUUGGACGUGGAUACGCCGGUUGGGGGUUCAGUCAGGCUUUCUACAGGGAGAAGCUCUACGAGAAAGUACUGGGGUUCAAGAAUCUGGAGGAUUUCAUGGUGAACUUCUGGGAAGCCUGGGCAUGCUCCAAAGAUCCGGAAAACCUCAUGGUGAUGCUCCAUACGUGGCAGGCUGGCGACUGCUCGGACCAGGAGCCGUACAACGGCGACUUCGCGAAGGCUAUGCAGGGUAUCAAGGCCAAAGCGCUGGUCCUGCCUGGCAAAACUGACCUCUACUUCCCUCCUGACGACUCGGCCAACGAGGUGGCCAACAUGCGCCCUGGCAUAGGCACGAUGGAGGCAUUUCCAUCGAUCUGGGGACACUGGGCCGGAGGACCUGGUCAGAGCAAGGACGACGUGAAGUGGCUGGACGCGAAGCUGGCAUCUUUUUUUGGAAGCGGGUAG